AUGGAGACUGCGGACCUCCUCCAUGCUGCAACUGGUCGGCAGGCCAAGGCAAAGACUAUGCAAGAUGAGGCAGAGUUGCUCGAGGAGCGAGGUAUCCGUAACCGCGAUGGUAAAGAGCUUGAGAAAACUGGGCCGAAACUGACUAAAGCCAAGCUGGCCGGCCACGAGAAACGAGUUGAGCGUGGGUUUGAGAAGAAGUGGAAAUCUGGCGCGUGGCAGGAAGGUGCACUGCACCUGCACCUUCAUGGCAUGGCGCUCAGCAUCUGA